UUGAUUUCCUACUACAAGAGGCACCAGAAUGAAGUAACUGUGGAUGGAAUUUUCGGCCCACUGAUACUCCAACACACUGUUCGCAGAAUUUUGGAUGUUCAUUCAUACCCGUGGACGCUCCAAAAUCAGUUGUCUUACCAACUAGAAUCCCUUGAUUCUGUCAUUUCAUCUGCACUUCCAGCAAUCAAACAGAAGGACGAAGUUUACUUUGAAAAGCUUAGCCCGGUUUUACAGCUCGAUUGGAGUCCUAAGUUUCCAUCUGUCUUUUCUGUUUCUGAAUCCUAUGAACAGUGGGCCUCCCCAGUUAAUGGUGUAUUCACCGAAGAUGUCAGUGAUAACUGCUUGCAUGAGCUGUUCAAGUUGAAUUUAACGGAGCAGCGUUGCCAUCUUUCAGUCGCAUGCAAAUCUGCACUCCUCACACGUAACCUGGGUGGCUACGAAGCUACUCACACGGUGCUUUAUCUUACCGUUAUUGAACUGCUCGACUGCCAAAAUAUUGUCAAUGGACAAUUCCUUGAAUAUGGGACAAGCGUGCAUUCCUUGAUAAUCGACCGAUGUGCCGAAAUAUACUCGUCCUUUAGAGCACUGCUUCGGGACGAUGCCUCCUCCAUCUACGAUAAGCGUGAUCUUUUGUUGGAGCAAAUUUUCAUCUGUGGCUUCCGAGGUUUUGAUAAAUUUAUCGAACUGCCUCUGUUAGACACUAUAAAAUCCUGGCAAGAUCCGUCAGGUUGUUUUGGUGGGAUUGACCCUAACACGCGCGCAACAGCUAAUAGCGGCAGGACACUUCUAUUGGAAGAACAACUUGCAGAUGGCUGCCUCACGCAUUUAACAUCAGUUGCAACUGCAGCACUCGCCGUAUACCUUAACUACUUCCUGCGUCCAUUCGACAUUUCGGGGGAAAAUGCCAUUAUACUGAGACUGCUUGAAAUGUAUUAUCUAGUCCAAGGGAAUACGACAGUGCCACCUCUGCUAGCGGACACACAACCAGAACAGCCCUCGGAACCUAAACAAAGAUGGGUUCCAUCCGUCGAUGCAGACUUAAUUUUUGAGCUUGGUGAACCUCAUGGACUGUUUGGACUCAUGGCACAUCGGUAUCUUCCAUUUAGUCCGGUGCUACGACGUGAAGUUUCCAUAAAGACGGCACAGUUCAAUGUGUUGUGGUAUUUUAUGGGUUCUGUCAUACUUUCUCUAUUAUUCCUGACCCUCGCUAUCCAUCUGUACCGACGCCUAUCUAAGAUUUCA